UUUCACAAUUUCAGUCACUACGCUUGAUUUCUGCAUUGCGGGAUGCCGCUCGUCAAGCGACAGCUCGAACCCGUCUUCAUCAGCCGCGGGCGACUCGACAAGAAGGUGAAGAACGAGCUCGAGGGCAUAACGGUGAAUACCCUCGCAGGCGUCAUCCGCCAGUUGAGCAGUCUCGCCAAACACUCGGAAAAUCUCUUCUCCGAGCUGUCGAACGAGUGCAACGCCUACUCGCAGCGUCAUGUGACAUUAACGGGCCGCGUCGAAGGUCUCGUCGUGCACGUCAAGAGUCUGAGAGUGUCGGAAAGCAAACAGGUGAGUACUGACCAGUUGGCAACUGUCAAGCACUUCCAGAGUAGCCGUCCGGCCGACCAUCAUGUUCUGUCUCGGGAAUCUCUGCCGGUGGCAUUACAGGAAUUGUAUGAUACAUCGUGCGUGCCUCCGCCUGCUCUACAGAAGAUGAACCACUUGAGGAAUGACAAUCGGGACGCGUUGAAGUUUUAUACCGAUCCAAAUCAUUUCUUUGAGCAGUGGAGUGCUGAGAUGAGGAAACAAGUGGAACAAGCUCAUAAGAAGAAGAAGAGGGGACACGUGAAGAGACGCAGGGACGGUCAAGAAGCCAAGAAAGUUCGAGCCGUAAAGAAAAAGGAAUUUGCCGGUGUCGACAAAGAAUUACGAGACGAUCCCAUUCAACCAUUACCAAACGGCAUUCCACACACACUACAAGCCCAAAACAGCUCACAAUCUCUCGGCAAACCGUCCGAGCCUCCACCACCACCUCCUGUUGCCAGCUAUUCCAAACCAUCCAACCCACCACUGGCACCCCCACCACCACCCCCUGGAGGACAAACCUCGUCGCCUCUACGUAAGCCCAACGUUCCACCUCCACCCCCUCCCUUGGGUGCCCCUGCUCCCCCUCCUCCACCACCACCACCAUCCGGUCCACCAUCAUUUGCUCCACCUCCACCACCCACCGCAGGCAUUCCUCAAGCACCCCUAAUGGGACCCCCCUCGGCACCACCUCCACCACCCCCAGGUGUACCUCUACCAACAGUAGUAGCACCACCACCACCGCCAGUCGGUCCUUCAGCUCCUGCUCCACCGCCCUUGAGUCCACCUCCACCACCCGUGGCAAACAUUCCACCAGUUACCGAGUCACCAGACCCUCGGGGAGGCCUCCUUGCUGCACUUCAGAAUCGUAAGAUUCUUAGGAAGGUGGAGGUGGUCGAGAACAAGAACAAAAGCCAAACGGUCGGCGGCGACGUGGCGGCGAUAUUGGCACGACGUAUAGCGAUCGAAAUGGAUGAAUCAGAGUCGGACGAUGACGACAGCGUAUGGAGUGACGAUGAAGAGUGGGAAGACUGAGAUCGGCCAUUAGGAUGUGAUUGACAUUUUAGCAUGAUAACAUUGACUUAUUGAUUUGUAUAUAAAUGAUUCGUGCUUUUUGCAGAGAUCGUGAUGUCAGUGAAUAUUGCGAUGCAUCGAUUGACUCGUAAGCCGUUUGUUGUUGGUUUAUUAUGUGAAUCAUUGUAGAUGUAGUAGCAUUGUUGCUAAAGUUGGUCUUUUUUGGGUACUUUUUUGACUCUGAAAGCGUUGACUUUCUUCCACAGCA